AUGCGUGCCUCUCACUUUGCUGCCGCCCUCGUUGGCGCCUUCGCUGCGCCUGGCCUGGCAUGGAACACUGAUAUCCACCAGCAGAUUGGCUUCGCGGCCGAAAAGUUCCUCUCGCCGGCAGCCAAGGCCAUCCUCAGCGAGAUCCUCGAGCCCGAGUCGGGCGCCAGCCUCGGCCGCAUCGGCGCGUGGGCCGACGCGCACCGCGGCACGCCCGAGGGCCGGCACACAACGACGUGGCACUGGAUCAACCCGGCCGACCAGCCGCCGAGCUUCUGCAACGUGCACUACAACCGCGACUGCACGUCGGGCGGCUGCAUCGUCAGCGCGCUCGCCAACGAGACGCAGAUUCUCAAGUCGUGCAUCCGCUCCGUCAAGGACGCAAGCUUGUCGGCGGCGCCAACGCCACGUGCGCCAACGCCGCCAACCGUCUUUCCCGUCGUGGACCGUGAGGAAGAGAAAUUUGUGUACUUGACACCCGCCAGAUCUGGGACGGCGCCAUUGUCUACUUGCUCUGCCGCAAACGUCACGGGCUUCCCCAACACGACGAUCCAGCCCUUCUUCAGCGACAUGGUCGACCGCAUCCGCGCCGACACGUACUUUGUGCCGACGCGCGACUGGCUCAGCUGCACCGACCCCUCGACGCCGCUCGCCUGCCCGCUCGAGUGGGCGCGCGACGCCAACCAGUGGAACUGCGACUACGCCUUCAGCCAGAACACCAACGCCUCGGACCUGCGCACGAGCGGCUACGCUGAGGGCGCCUGGCCCAUUGCCGAGCUGCAGAUCGCCAAGGCCGUGCUCCGCAUCGCCACGUGGUUCAACAAGCUCGCCGACUGCAACUUCAAGGACCGCGAGGUCGUCCUCGACCCCUGGCCCAUGAAGGCCUGGCUCGGCGGGCCCAACGCUGGCAACUAA